CGAAGAUGGCGGAGCCUCUCCAACCAGAUUGAAACGACCUCAAUAUUUCUACCGUAUUCGUCUCAACAACGACAAAAAUGGAGACCAAAUUAAUACGAAAAGAAACAUUAAUAGUUUUUCUAUAGAGUGGCCCAAUUAUGUCGACUUUAGAGCUUUAUACAAAGGGAGCUAGGGUUUGGAUACCUCAUCCUGACAUAGUAUGGAUCGGAGGAGUCCUUAUCAAAGACAUAGAGGACAAAAUAUUAGAAAUACUGCUUGAGGAUGGACGGGAAAUUGUUAUUGAUACUAGAAAAAGUAAACUACCUCCAUUAAGAAACCCAGAGAUUCUUGUAGCUGAGAAUGACCUUACCACUCUAAGCUACUUGAACGAGCCAGCAGUUUUGUACAAUCUUUCUGUGAGGUUUAUGCAGUCCAACUUGAUAUAUACUUAUUGCGGAAUUGUAUUAGUUGCUAUUAAUCCAUAUACAGAAUUACCUCUCUAUGGACCAGAUAUUAUUGCCGCAUACCGAGGGCAGACCAUGGGUGAUAUGGACCCCCAUAUCUUUGCUGUCGCAGAGGAUGCAUUUUGUUGCAUGUCCAGAGAAGAGAAAAAUCAAUCCAUCAUUGUAAGUGGUGAGAGUGGUGCCGGGAAGACAGUCAGUGCAAAGUAUGCCAUGCGUUACUUUGCCGCAGUGGGCGGAGCAGCAGCAGAAACUCAAAUUGAAAAGAAAGUACUUGCAUCCAAUCCUAUCAUGGAGGCAAUUGGAAAUGCCAAGACCAUAAGAAACGAUAACAGCAGUCGGUUUGGCAAAUACCUGGAAAUAUCCUUCGACAAGCACCAUCACAUAAUGGGUGCGCACAUGAGGACAUACCUGCUGGAGAAAUCCCGCGUCGUAUUCCAAGCACCAGAAGAAAGGAAUUAUCAUAUAUUUUACCAGUUAUGUGCCAUGUCAGAUUUACCAGAAAUGAAGGAUUUAAGACUAGGAGAUCCAGAUGAUUUUAACUACCUCAACCAAGGUGACUGUCCAACGAUAGACAACGUUGAUGAUGCUGAAUGCUUCUACGAGACAAGGGAAGCUAUGGAUCUAGUUGGAAUCCAUCAAGAUGACCAACAAAUGCUAUUUAGGAUACUGGCAGCUCUACUGCAUUUAGGAAAUGUAGAGAUCUUAGAUUAUGGAGAAGAUGAAUGCACAGUAGAGACUGAAGACUUUCAUCUUGCCAUGACGGCAAUACUCCUUGGAAUAGACCAGAAUCAAUUAAGGAAAUGGUUAUGUAAUAGGAAGAUUGUGACUAUUGGAGAAGUGCUGAUCAAACCUCUGAGUCUAAUAGAGGCUAAUUACGGCAGAGAAGCCAUCAGUAAGCACAUCUACUCACAGCUAUUCAAAUGGGUUGUCAUGACGAUCAACAAGACACUUGCCAGCUCGGUCAAGGGUCAUUCAUUUAUUGGGGUUUUAGACAUUUAUGGGUUUGAAACCUUUGAAACUAACAGUUUUGAACAGUUUUGUAUCAAUUAUGCUAAUGAGAAACUACAACAACAGUUUACGCAGCAUGUAUUCAAGCUAGAGCAAGAUGAGUACGUCAGAGAAGAGAUAGAGUGGUCUUUCAUUAAUUUCUAUGACAAUCAACCCUGUAUCGACAUGAUUGAAGCCAAGCUGGGUAUUCUUGAUUUACUGGAUGAAGAAUGUAAGAUGCCAAAAGGAUCAGACGAGAAGUGGGCACAGAAGCUCUACAAACAGCACCUAAAAACAAGCAAACAUUUCUCAAAACCACGGAUGUCGAACAUGGGAUUCAUCGUACAUCACUUUGCAGACAUGGUUGAGUAUGAUACGAAUGGCUUUGUGGAGAAAAACAGGGACACCAUCAAUGAUGAACACUUGUCAUUGCUCAAAGCAAGCGAGUAUGAUUUGGUGGCAGAAGUUGCGCAAUUGGAUAACAUGGAGAUGGUUGGUGAUCUGUUUAUCGAUCACGAGGCGCAGUCGAUGCAAAGGAAGCGAGCUCUGUCACGUCCGGGAAAGCAUGUCUCCAAGUCAAAACGAACGGUGUCGCAGGAGUUCACUAGUUCACUGGGCAAGCUCAUGGACACGUUGAACAGCACUACUCCCCACUACAUCAGGUGCAUCAAACCUAAUGAUUACAAGAAAGCCUUUCAAUAUAGUCCCAAGCGUACUAUACAACAGCUUCGAGCGUGUGGUGUCUUGGAAACCGUUCGGAUCAGUGCGGCAGGAUAUCCUUCUCGGUGGACGUACUCGGAAUUCUUCGCGCGGUACAAGAUGCUGUUGGAAUUUAAGAAAAUUAAUCGAAAGAAACCAAGGGAGACUAUCAGGAUAAUCUUGGAACACUUUAUCAAGGAUCCUGACAAGUUUCAACUUGGAAAAACCAAGAUCUUUUUUCGAGCUGGACAAGUGGCAUACUUGGAGAAACUGCGUUCAGAUAAAUUGUACAUGAGUUGCGUGAUGAUCCAGAAGAAUUUCCGCUGUUGGCGAGAGAAACGUCAUUACGCUAGAAUGAAAAAAGCUGCUAUCAUCAUACAGGCCUGGGUACGAGGAGAUCAAGCAAGGAGACGAGCCCGCRAUCUUCGUCGCAACAAAUCAGCGGUCACCAUCCAGCGAUAUUGGCGAGGUUACCGCUGCCGCAAUGCCUACGAGUACUUCCGGCAUUGCGCAAUCACGAUCCAGGCCUACACGCGCGGUAUGUUCGCGAGGAGGCUGAGGCGACAGUUGUUAUACGACUCCAAAGCUGGCGUCAUUCAACGCUGCUGGCGUGGUUACAAAGGAAGGCAGAAGUAUAGAAACUACUUCAAGAAGAUUAUUUUCUUGCAGUCUUGUGUGAGGCGUAUGAACGCGCGAAAAGAACUCAAAAAGUUAAAGAUCGAGGCCCGUUCAGUCGAACACUACAAGACCCUCACCAAAGGAAUGGAAAUGAAAGUCAUCUCACUACAACAAAGACUGGAUGAAGAGGUCAAGAAGAAGAAGGAAGCCAACCUUGCCGUACAGGAGCUGCAGCAUGUCCGUAAAGACCUUGACGAAGCAAAACAAUGGAAGAUAAGGUGUGAGCAAGCGAACGCCAGGCUGGCUGAGGUCGAGCUGGUGGUCGUAGAACUCAGGGAAGAACUCGCCAAGCUUAAAGAAGAAUAUAAAGAGCUACAGAACAGAACUGACGCAGAAAGAAGCGAGAAAGAUCAGGAAAUCAGUGCACUCACAGAGCAAGUCAAUAAUCUAAGGAAUGAGCUGAACGAAGCAAACAUUAAAGCUGAGUCGGAAGUCAAGUCUCGUGAAGCGAUAAUUGAACAAAGUCUGGAUAAUCAGCGUAAUCAGAUCUUGGGUGAGUUCGAAGCAGAGAGACUGAACCAUCAACGAGUGUUGCGUGACUAUGAUCGUCUUGAACAGCGUUACCAGAACAUCGUUGAAGAACUGGAAAUCGUGCAGACAAGUCCCAAGAAGACGUUCCAUGAUUCUGGUAGAAUUAGCUCGGCGAGCUCAGAAUCAUCACUCGUGGACGACUUAGAAAAGGACAUCCAACAACGCACAAYAGACGAAGACCUCAGUUCCAUCAUUAAUAGAAGUAAACUAGUCAACCGUUUACGAGAAAAAAUAAUGGCUCUUGAAGAUCAAAAUGUUGACUUAAAGAGCCGUUUGAAACAACAGGAUGUUGGCCAUUCAGAGAAGACAUUAACAAAGGCUCCUUCCAUUCACGUCGAGGGAGAACCACUAACAGCUCCUUCAGAAAAACAAGUUGUUGAAUCCGAAAAAUAUAAACAUUUGCAGAAUGAGAGAGAUAAGUUGAAAGAGCAGAAAGAAAAGGCUGAAGCGGAGAAGAAAAAGAUGAAUUCUGAGUUGGACUUGUUGAGGAAACUUGUGAGUCAGAGGAAUAUUGAUAAGGAGGCGGAGUGGGAGAUAAUAGGUGAGAAGAUGAAGGAGAUUACGUCUGAGAAAGACCUACUGGAAAGAGAAAAGAAUCGUCUUCGUGGUGAGUUGAUCAAGAUGUCUUCUGUUGCUAAGCAACUACGUGACCUUGACGAGCUGCUGUCAGCCAACCCUGACGAGAGCGCAUACCUCCUACAGGCCGAUUCUUUGAAAAAAGCGAAUAACGUCCUUCAGAAAGAACUAGAAGAAUUGAUUAAGAAAGAGAAAGAUAUGAAAGAAGCUAACGAGAAACUAUGGCGAGAUAAAGCGAAAUUACAACGGGGUCGAAGUACUAGUAUUCAUGCCAUGGAUAGCAAUUUCCAGCAGGAGGUCACGAGACUCGUGACAGAAAAUGUGGAUCUUCGCGAACAAGUCGAAAGAUUAGAAAAAGAAUUAGAAGAAUACAAAAAGGAACAAGGAGCUCUACAGCCGAUGAGACAGCGAGCUCAAUCAAUGAGAGAAAUGGAACAAAAGAGACGAGCACAGACGCURUGGAGUGGACAGGAACCUCGCGCUGGGAAACUUGUCAUGAGACACGCAGGGCUGCUACGAAGAUCACCCUCGAAAGAUGAGGAUAUGCUUCCACUUCCGCUUCAAGUCAAGCAAAGAAAAGCCACGGGAAUGAUCGAGUUCAAGACCGAAGACGAAGAAAAACUCAUCAAGAACUUGAUCCUCGACAUGAACCCUUCAGCUGUAUCGGACGCCAUCCCUGGCCUGCCCGCGCAUAUAUUAUUCAUGUGUAUAAGGCACGCUGACCACAUCAAUGAUGAUCACCGUAUGCAGAGUCUAUUAAGCAAUUGUAUUAACAGUAUUAGAAAAGUCGUCAAGAAAAACCCCAAUAACUUGGACAUUUUGGCGUUUUGGCUAGCAAACACGUCACGGUUACUGCACGACAUGAAGCAAUACAGCGGAGACAGGGCAUUCCAGAAUCAUAACACCCCGGAACAGAACGAGCACUGCUUGAAGAAUUUCGACUUGACCGAGUACAGACAAGUAUUAAGUGACUUGUCUAUACAUAUCUACCAGGAUCUGGUCAAAGCUAUAUGGGAAGUUGUCCAGGGCAUGCUGGUGCCUGGUAUUCUAGAGUACGAGUCCAUUCCCGGUGUAUCCAGCUCUAAACCCUUUGGAGGAGGAAGAUCACGUCAGAAAGUUGAUAUCACUGUCAAAAGUAUUACUAAAAAGUUAUCUCAAGUUCUUAAUAUUCUCAACGCACAUUGUGUGGAUCCAGAGAUCAUUAAGCAAGUUUUUAGACAGGUGUUUUAUUAUUUUGGUGCCAACCUGAUGAACAAUCUCUUGCUGAGGAAGGACAUGUGUCAUUGGUCGAGAGGAAUGCAAAUCAGAUUUAACCUUAGUCAGCUGGAAGACUGGGUACGAGUGAACCAACUCGAAGGAAGCGGGAUUGUCGAGGCACUCGAGUCCGUAACACAGGCAACCCAACUCCUGCAGGUCAACAAGAAGACCCUAGAAGACGUAGACGCCAUCUGUGAGGUGUGUAAUUCUCUCAACACGCUACAAGUACAGAAGAUUCUUUCCAUGUAUACACCAGCGAACGAGUACGAGGCACGUGUUCCUUCGUCGGUUAUCAAAGCCGUGGUAGAGCGAGGACACAACAAGACUGAACCGAUGUAUCUAAUGAUGGACACGGCGUAUAUGUUUCCCGUAACACUACCUUUUACGCCAUCAGCCGUUUCCUUGGAGACCAUUCAUAUCCCAGAAAACGUUGGUCUAGAGUUUCUUCAAGUUUUGUAGGUUGUGUUGUAAUUCAAUAUAUCUGCUUUACCGGAAGUAGGUUGUAAUUCAAUAUAUCUGCUCUACCGGAAGUGGGUGAUGUUGUGAUUCAUUAUAUCUGCUCUACCGGAAGUGGGUGGUGCGUGGGUUUUGGACCAGAAUUCUUUGCUCGCAUGGAUGGAGUAUCAUUUGUGGCUCUCAGUUCGUGUGGAAUUGAUAGCAUAUUGGAUAAAGAAAAAGCAAAAAGAAUCCAAAGGAUUCCUGAAAUGACCUCGAUUAUCAAAAUGACAUCUUCAUACUAAGUCAAGACAAGCAUCUCGCUGAUAUUGACUUGUUAAUUUCCGGUUCCGGUUAAUUUCCGGCUCCAGUGUAUUUCCGGUUCCGAAUUAUUUCCGGUUCCGAUUUAUUUCCGGUAGAGUUGAUUAAAUAUAGAUAGUAACACUAUGUAUGCCCUGCAUAUUUAGAAAAUAUAGUCAAUAUUAGCCAAUGAAAAGCGAGAAAAACGAACACACCGCCUGUAAGCAAAAAAAAGUUUUAUAUAUUGGUAGUCACACACGAAUGCUUUUUGAUUUCGGCGUUAAAUUCAAUUGAAAAUAUGCUGGAUUUUUUUCUAUUAUUUAAAAACGAUAGUUCUUUGUGAUGAUUGACAGCAAACGACAGCCAUCGAGUUGGUGGUGUUCAAAUAUUGAUUAGGUAUCCUUUAAGCUACGGACACACGGUGCAACAUUGCGAGCAAUGUUGCAUGCAAUUGAUAUUGCGAGCCAUGACACACGAUGCAAUUUGUUGCACGCAACGUUGAUGAAGUAGAAAACUAUCCUACUUCAGCAACAUCACCUGCAAUGUUGCGCGCAAUGUUGCAUCGUGUGUCUGGGCCUUUAUACACCGAAUUGAAUAAUGGAGACCAAUUUGAAUAACUAUUGUUCUGCAAGGACCAGCGACUGACCAGCGACAUGUGUUCACGUGGAAACAUAAAAGCGUUGUUAUUCAAAUUAGUCACCAUAUUUCGAUUUGGGCUAAAAUUCUUCUUUAUAUGCUUGCUUAUGUUCAGGUCGAACGUCAAACUUCACAUGAGCCGAACCUAAUGGAAACAAUGGAUAACAAAACGGUCUUUGAAUUUCAUUAGGUUCGGCUUAUGUGAAGUUCAACGUUCGGAGAUGACGUAGGUAUCAAAGCCUAGGUUUCGUGCAGAAGGCUUGGCUACGUUUCAAAAUGGCCACCAUUAGGACUUUUGACGAUGAAUUUUGAAGACUUCGAUUUGCAUUGAUUUUCUAAUUCUAUUUUCUGCAAAAUAUUUUAUACAAAUAUUGCACGGUAUUUUGACGUAAAUUAUAUUGAAAUUAAGUUCAGGAUUGGUCAAAUAAAUAGACGACCCAGGCAAUGUGCGAGGACUGGACGCGACCGGAAAUGAAGCAAAAUGAAAGUGGGUACCAUUAUUUUAGGUCGAUCUUGGACGAAAGUAGCCUGGGUUGAAAUUUGUUAAGAACCAAUCAAAUGAAAAUGUAGCAAAAAAAAUAGCGACAAGUAGAGGAUGGGGAAUUAUUUGUAUUUACGUAAAUUAUAUAUAAUAAGAACGAUUAAAAUAAUUAGACGAUAAAUUGGGGGGAAUAGAUAAGCUUAUAUUUAUGCAAAUGAAUAUCUGUAUUUUGAUUGGACAGUGAUUAUGACGUCAAUACAUUACCAGAAUGUUUUGCAUGAUGCCUCACUUAAUUUUGGUUCAUGAAAUCAUUACUGUAGUAUCUUGACUUUCAUUGGGCAGUUUAAUAGGUGACGUCAUUAUUGACCACUUUAGAAAUGAGUUGAGGACUCGUAACGAGUUUUGAGAAUCAACAUAGUUGAAUAAACACCAUAACAAGAAAGAGUA